AUGUACGAUUCCAACACAGAAGCGUCAGGUGAUGACAACAAGGAGACCGCCACAGAUAGCAAGACCGGCUCGCUUAAGCGUGGCCGUGGCCAAGCGCAUGACUUCGAUGCCGAUAAAUUUCAACCCCGAAAACAGAAGAACAGUGGUGACGACCAGCUCGAGAGAAAUACCCUUGUAGCACCAGAGGACUAUACUACAGGUUGGGUGUGCGCGGUCCCGGCGGAAAUGGUUGCAGCGAGAGGGAUGCUCGAUCAAGUUCAUCCAGACUUGCCCCAGCAGAAUCCAGCCGACCGCAACAGCUACAUCUUGGGUCGGGUUAAAGGCCACAAUGUCGUCAUCGCUUGCCUGUCCCCGUAUAUCGAUGGAACGACACCAUUUGCCAUAGCCACGAGGGACUUCUUCCGGACCUUUAAGUCAGUCCGGUUUUGCUUGAUGGUAGGAAUCGGAGGUGGUGUACCAUCCCAAACACAUGACAUUCGACUGGGCGACAUCGUAGUAAGCCAACCUACCGGAAGAUAUGGAGGUGUCGUCCAGUACGAUUUGGGCAGGGCAUGGCAAGGGGAAGAGUUCCAACGCACUGGCGCCCUAAUUGCACCACCACAGUUCCUCCUAGCAGCCCUAAGUCGUCUAAAGGCCGAUCAUCUGAGCCAAGACAGCGGAAUCCCUGGGUUUUUAUCCGAGCUUGUCCAUAAAGCUCCGAAGAGGAUGAAGAAGAAUUUCGCUUACCAAGGAGCUGCGAACGAUUGUCUCUAUAAAGCAGAGUACGAACAUGUUGACCAGAACUCUGGAUGCGGCGAGUGUGAUCUCUCACACACAAUCCAACGGGCUGCCCGAGACGACACAAACCCAGUCACUCAUUAUGGGACCAUUGCUUCAGGCGAUUACAUCAUCAAGAACGGAAAGACCCGUGAUUUAUUGAGCCAGGACCUUGGAGUACUCUGUUUUGACCUAGAGGCUGCAGAACUGCGGCACCUCCCGUGUCUUGUCAUCCGUGGUAUUUGCGACUAUGCCGAUUCGCAUAAGAACGGAAAGUGGCAAGAGUACUCAGCUGCAACAGCAGCUGCUUUUGCAAAGGAGCUUCUUUCGGUAAUACCGCCAAACAGGGUUCUGCAGGAGAAGCCUAUCCAGCAGUUACUGUUCGAUCUUCUACCCGAAAAUCAUUUUCGACCUGCGCCGUUGGACGCCCGCACAAUUCUCACCGACAGCUACGGAACUUCCAAUGUGGCUAGCGAGAUAUUCAGCGCGGGUCUUGUCUCUACGAAGCCGUCAUCAUUCGAGGAAAACACCAAUGCCGUUGACGGGGACAAGGCAAUAAGACAGAUGGCCAAGACUUUCUACAAUCACACACGCAUCGAAAGUCCCCCCGAUAAUGUCGAUGAUGAAAUCAGAUCCCUCGCAUCGGGACCUGAAGAUAUUCAAUCUCAAGAUGGAUCAAGUCCUACUCGCUGGGAGAUCCUCGAGAGCAUAGGAAGAGAAACGGUUCAAGUAACAUUGCCUCAACAUGACGAGCGGAACUUGACUUUGGAACGCUUUCUUAACAGCGUCGAAGUGGGCCCGGAUGCAAUCACUGCAGAAUUUGAAAUGCCUCUGGAUAUUGAUGAGGAACAAGAAAGCUCUGUAGAUGGAGACGACCAAGAUGGCCUUGACCUCGUUGAUCUUGAGAAUGCCAGAAGCUAUUUCACCUCCGGAACAUCACUAAUGCAAUUCAAAGCCGAGUUCCGAGACUUCCUUCACCUCCCCCGCAUGGUCGUGGAAAAGGCGCAGACACAAAUGCAGGGACAAACGGACACGGAGUCAGGGCGGGGGGGCAAUGCCAAGUCGCACGAAUGGUUCUAUAGCGUUGGGUUUUCGCAAAGCAAACUAACGUCUUGGCUUUACGAUACGAGUAAGGAGCCGGGGCUUAUUACUUAG